GGCAGACGAGGCCAUGCGCGCCAGCAUUAAGGCUGAAGAUCUCCAAAAGGAAUGUGAGAGUGUAAUCGAAUAUGAUGACAAAGCUGUGACCGUUAUUGCGCAAUUGGAACACGUGUUGAACACUCAUUUCAAAGCUAACUCUGGGGAGAUAGAUGGACCCACCAACGGACAGGGCGCCACCUUCGAGGAGGUUAGGGAGUGUAACGGCGUUAGGUUAAAAUCGUUCGAAUUGAAGAAAUUUGACGGGAAAUUCGAAAACUGGCUUCCCUUUUGGGAACAGUUUAAGCGUGCAGUACAUGAAAAUCGCAAAUUCUCAGCAGCUACUAAAUUUAAUUACCUGAACGGGGCAUUGGUUGGCCAAGCAGCGGCAACGAUAGCCGGAUUUACGCCAACUGAGUCUUGUUAUUCAGAUGCUGUAUCGCUUCUCUUGGAAGAAUACGGCAAUACCGAAAAAAUUGUUGAGAAAUACCUCCAGAAGUUGAUUAAUUUGAAGGUUGUGCAUAAUUCCAGUGAUGUUCAUGCACUACGUCAGUUGUAUAACGAAAUUAGUGUUAUAAUUAGGUCACUUAGCGCGCUGCGAGUACCAUCUCAUCAAUAUGACAUAGUGGCAAAAUCAGUAUUGCUUAAGGUUUUACCUGCAAGCCUGCGUGUACAAUAUCACAGAGCUGGUGGUAAGGGUUCACUCUGUACCACAAUGACUGACAACAUCAACAGCACAGCGAUUGAGAAUGUUAACGCAGCGGAAACUGACAUUGCCCACCAUAAAGAUGAUAAUCUAAAAUCCCUCCUUGAAUUUAUUAAGGUGGAGCUUGAAGCCCUUGAAAAGGCGCAGUUAUCCGAGCGAGAUAAAAGAAGCGAUGAACGGGAUCAAAAAAGAAUUUCACGCGCAAAUCAAGGUACCGCUACCACUCUUUAUGCUAACGGAAACAGUAAUCCACAAUGUAUAUUUUGCAAGAGCGCCAGUCACAGCACCAAAAACUGCACUAGCAACAUGAGCGUCGAACAAAGAAAGCAGUUGCUAAGACAAGAGAGUAGAUGCUUUCGAUGCGGGAAUAAGAACCACAGCUCCAAAUUCUGCAGAGCGCAGUGGGUAAAAUGCAAUGGAUGUAGCGGUAGGCACCUUACGCCCAUGUGUGAGCAAGCAAAAGCCAGUGAGAAAAAUUUACGAAUGAGCGAUCGAAGCGACAUUAAAAAGCAAGGAGGUAAUAGUAGCGUAACGGGAGCACAAGCUGCUUUGUCAAACUCUUUAGCCGGAACAGCGACUUUGAAUACCAUAUCGGCAGAGCAAAUUGACAUAUUCCUGCAAACAGCAAAAGCUGUCGUUAGUGACGUCACUAACAGCGAACGGGGGCUAAGCAGAUUGGUUAUGGACAACGGCAGUCAGCGCACUUACAUAAGUGAAAAACUAGCGAAUUUCUUGAAGUUAUCGGCGAGCGGCAUUGAAAAAAUGAGAAUUGUAGCCUUUGGAGAUAAAAAUACCCACAGGCAGCCGACUGACUUCAAAAGUGUUCAACUUAAUAUUAAAGGCCAAUACAGCGGAAAAACAAAGACAAUUACAGCUAUCGUUGUGCCUAAAAUUUGUAUUGAUGUUUUACCGGUACCGAAAAUAAGAAGUGAAAAACUGAAAUAUUUAAAACUUGAAUUAGCUGAUACUAACAUAAGUGGUGAAAAUCUUGUUGAUGGUAUUAACUUAUUAAUCGGUCAAGACCACUUUUGGCAAUUUACUACGACCGAAAGCAAGCGUAUAUCUGAAAGGUUAGUUGCGGUUAAAACACUGUUUGGUUGGACAAUACAAGGAUGUAGUAGUAACUUAGCUGUAGACAGUUGUGUACUAAAUAUAUCCGAUAGCGUGGGCCAUGCGUUCGAUAUCUCUAAUUUUUGGAGACUAGAAUCGGUCGGUAUUACAAAUUUCCAAUCUAAUGAAGACCAAUCUGUUGUUGGAAAAAUCCGAUUAAGCAUAAAUCGAACUAACGGGCGCUACGUAGUCAAUCUGCCAUGGCGUAUUGGCAGCGGCGCAUUAGCCGACAAUAAGCAAGUUGCUCUCUCUCGUCUUCGUAGCUUAACGACGGGCCUGCUAAAACAUAGCGACAAACUUUACGAGUAUGAUGCAGGAAUUAGAGAGCUGUUACAGAACGGAUUCGCUGAAGCUGUUGACGGCAUAACUUCUAGUGGAAAGAUCUACUACAUGCCGCAUAGACCAGUGUAUCGAGAAGAAAAAAUUACGACGAAAAUGCGAAUAGUAUUUGAUGCCUCGUCAAGUGAAGUCGGACUUUCUUCUCUAAACGAGCAUCUUAGUGUAGGCGACAAUUUGGUGGCGAAUUUGUUGUCUACCCUGAUAAAGUUUCGCUCGAACCCUAUAGCUUUAACAGCGGAUAUCGAGAAAGCGUUUCUGCAAAUCUCACUAGCCGAAAGUGACCGUGAUUGCCAUCGGUUUUUUUGGUAUGAGUCAACUCCUAAAGUCAAUAGCGUGUUACCAUCAAUAACCGAAUAUCGAAUGGCCCGAGUUACCUUCGGCGUAGCUUCAAGUCCUUUCCUACUAGCAGCAACGAUACAGACGCAUAUAGAGAGCUGUAGAGAUCAAUAUGGCGUGAUCUGCGACAAGCUAAAAGCUUCGUUUUAUGUUGACGAUCUGGUACUUAGCCUGCCAAACCGUAAAUCGGCUGACGACCUUUUUCAAAUGGCGAAUAGCAUAAUGGGCGCCGCCAAUUUCAACUUGCGUAAGUGGAAUACCAACGACAUUUUACUAAAAGCCUCUUUUCCAGUUGCAAAGCGUGACGAGUGUACGAAGCCUAAGGUGUUGGGCAUAAAUUGGUGCACAAUCGCGGAUGAGCUCAGCGUCGAAUUGGCAGGAAUUGUUGAAUAUUUACGAUCGUUAAGAGGCACCAAACGGAAUGUAAUGAAGGCGAUGGCAAAGAUCUACGAUCCCUUAGGAAUGCUUUCCCCAUUUGUCGUUCGAAUUAAAAUAUUGCUGCAAAGUGUGUGGAAAGCGAACCUUGACUGGGAUCAAACUUUGGAUGCAGAUCUGUUGUCAAGCUUCCAAUGCUGGCAAGAAGAGCUGCCAAUACUAAGCGGACUGCGUAUAAAGAGAAAUCUCACAACGUACAGCACAGCAACAAACGAGAUGCACAUUUUUGCAGAUGCGAGCCCAAAAGCGUAUGGAGCGGUAGCAUACUUGCGGCAAAUUUCUCCUGAUAAGGAAAUAGUGACAAAUUUCAUUUGCUCAAAAAAUCGAGUAGCGCCUCUUGAGAAGAACUCAGUAAACAGCGAACUGAGCUUACCGAAGUUGGAGCUGACCGCAGCCCUGAUGGCGGCCAGACUCAAGGCAUUUUUAGUUGAGGCUAUUGAUUGCGAUGUUUAUGCGACAUACAUGUGGACGGAUUCUACAAUUGCUUUGAAUUGGAUAAGAGGCUGCGGAAAGCAGUUGAACCUUAUGUCAAGGCGAGAGUGA